GGUUGUUGGGCGUGUUCUGUUGGUAGUAGCUGGUUCUUGUCAGCGGUGGCGGGUAGCGGUGCCCGGUCCCGACGGUGAGUGGAGUCCUCGGCGUGGCUCGACUCGGCCAAAUUCGUAGUUCCGACGCGUGGAGUGCCGUGCUCUUGCCUGCUGGCGUCUCCCCUCCCCACCUCGGGGCAGCGGAGGCAGCAGCGCUUCUCUUCCUGCCCGGUCCCCUCCUCCCGCCGCUCCCCUCGUCCCUGCCGGGCCGCGGAGCUGCGAUGCCCUCGGACUUCAUUUCUCUGCUCAGCGCUGAUCUCGACCUCGAGUCUCCCAAAUCCCUCUACUCCAAGGAAUCUGUCUAUGACCUUCUCCCAAAGGAGCUGCAGUUACCACCUUCCACAGAAAAAUCUAUAGCAUCCAUGAGCCAAACAAGUGGUGGUGAGGCAAGCUUGCCACCUCUAGCCGUAGUUGCUGCUGAUGCUUCUUCAGCUCCUUCCUCUUCCUCCAUGGGCGGUGCUUGCAGCUCCUUUACCACCUUAUCCAGUCCUACCAUUUACUCUACCUCAGUCACUGGCAGCAAGGCUAUGCAAGUGGAGAGCUGCUCCUCAGCUGUGGUGGUAAGUACCAGAGGGGUAAGUGGAAAGCAGUUAACCAGUAAUGCAGUCCAGCAGCAGCAGUCAACGCCGAAGAGACACACAGUCCUGUACAUCUCGCCACCACCUGAAGACUUGCUGGACAACAGUCAAAUGUCCUGCCAGGAUGAGGGGUGUGGAUUGGAGUCAGAACAGAGCUGCAGUAUGUGGAUGGAGGAUUCACCCUCCAACUUCAGUAACAUGAGUACCAGUUCCUACAAUGAUAACACUGAGGUGCCACGUAAAUCACGCAAACGAAAUCCAAAGCAGAGGCCAGGGAUCAAACGUCGAGAUUGUGAAGAGUCCAACAUGGAUAUAUUUGAUGCCGACAGCGCCAAAGCGCCUCACUAUGUCCUUUCUCAACUCAGCACGGACAGCAAAGGCAACUCAAAAGCAGGAAAUGGAGCAUCAGAAAACCAGAAAGGAGCUGGAGGGAAGAAGACCCCAGUGUUGUGUGGUCAGUAUCCAACUAAGAGUGAGGGGAAGGAGCUGAAGAUCGUGGUACAGCCGGAAACCCAGCACAGGGCUCGUUACCUGACUGAAGGCAGCCGAGGCUCAGUGAAAGACCGGAUGCAGCAAGGCUUUCCAACUGUCAAGCUGGAAGGUCACAAUGAGCCGGUGGUGCUUCAGGUAUUUGUGGGUAAUGAUUCUGGUCGAGUGAAGCCACAUGGAUUCUACCAGGCCUGCAGAGUUACUGGGAGAAACACUACUCCCUGUAAAGAAGUGGAUAUAGAGGGGACUACUGUUAUUGAGGUUGGACUGGACCCAAGCAAUGAUAUGACACUUGCGGUUGAUUGCGUGGGAAUACUGAAACUGAGAAAUGCUGAUGUUGAAGCUAGGAUAGGGAUUGCUGGCUCAAAGAAAAAGAGCACACGUGCUAGGCUGGUAUUUCGUGUUAACAUCACUCGCAAAGAUGGUUCAACUUUGACUCUUCAGACACCUUCUUCCCCGAUUUUGUGCACUCAACCAGCAGGUGUUCCAGAGAUCCUAAAGAAAAGUCUGCACAGUUGUUCAGUGAAGGGUGAAGAAGAAGUUUUUCUGAUUGGCAAGAAUUUUCUAAAGGGAACAAAAGUGAUUUUCCAGGAGAACGUUUCUGAUGAGAAUUCGUGGAAGGCAGAAGCUGAAAUAGACAUGGAAUUAUUUCAUCAGAAUCACCUUAUUGUGAAGGUGCCACCAUACCAUGACCAGCAAAUAACCUCAGCUGUUUCUGUGGGAAUAUAUGUGGUAACAAAUGCUGGAAGAUCGCACGAUGUGCAACCAUUUAUGUACACUCCAGACACAACUGGUACUCUGAAUGUUAAUGUGAAGAAGGAAAUCUCCAGCCCAACCCAACAUUGUUCUUUUGAAGAGGCUAUAAAAGCAGUGAAGGCCACUGGCUGGAACCUGGAGAAGGUCAACAUUCUUCCUAGGGCCUUGAUAACUCCGUUCAUGCCAAGCAGUAUGAUUAAGAAUGAAGAUGUGGCUGCAAUGGAAGUAAGUGCAGAAAAAAGAUCUCCUCCUAUCUUCAAGGUUCAUAGGAUUCCUGUGUACAAAGACUGGACACCAAACACAAUAUAACCAGUCAGAUGCUCUAGACUAUUUAUUGUGCUACUAAUGCGAAGCAAAUAUACACUAACACGAAGCAAGUUAUAUACAUACCAAUCCCUGGUUGCAUGGGAUAUCGCCAAGAAGGAGAUGGAACAUGUUGCCCAGUCGAAGAGGUGGUAGGCAGUGCAUUGUCAGGGCAUCCCCUGAAUCAAGAUGCGCAUCUGACCUUCUCACCUGUCUGUCCCUGCACAGGUCCUUACAUCCCCUCUCGGGUUGGAGUAGAAAAUUGCCAGUUGCAACAUCAGCACACACGUGGCCAGUGUGUGAAGAGAUAUUUACUGGUAUAAGACUCCUUUGAGCUAACAGCAGUUUUCCGGGUUGGCUAACUUCCCUAUUUUCAGGGUUAUGUUCCCAGAAUCCAUGCCAAACACUACUUUUCCAUUCCUGUGUGUUUCACCACAGACCAUUAUCUGUUGUCUCUGACACAUGCCAUCAUAUGGUCCGUGGUUGGAACACACCAAUAUUCUACCAGCCAUGCUACAGUUUUAUAUAAUAUAAUGUCUAUAAGGGAACAGAUUAAUGCUAAAAGACAAGGAACACAACAUAAAAUGCAUAAAACCCCAAUACCUACUACUACUAAUAAUAUAACAGCUUUUCGAAGCCAGUCCCACCCUAACGUCCAUCCCUGAAAGGGGUUCCACCUGGUGUUUUCUGCUAGGUGGCUAGUGAGGGUCUUUAACUUUUGUGUUUGUGCAUGUAUUGAACUGGAGCGGUCACUUAAAUUCAUGCAACAUACCCUGUCAAAGUCUUGACACCCAUGCUUAUGUACUAAAAGCAAUAAAUCAACCGCUGCCCUAUUUUGUAGCAUAGCAUGCUGUAUGCUAUCUACAUAAAUUAAUAAAUCAGAAAUGGCUGUACUCAUUGUGUUGCUAAAUUUAGACAGCCAACAGCUUAACUUAUUAAGGUUAGUGAGCGCCUGAGCGCUAGCUACUCCAGGUGCUAACUAGGAUGCUGCUAUAAUCUUGGCGGCAUCCCAAAAUUCAACAGUGUCUUUACAAUCGACCAAAUGCAUGUACAUCUCGGGGUCUGUGAUUAUACGUACAGUUC